CGGCGGCGUUCUGAGCCCAGUUUUCACUUUCACCAACCCAAGUCAUUUCGAAGUCAUCAUUUUGGGUUGGGUGGGAUUUAACAUUUACACGACCUUUGACCUAGCAUUACAGUAGUUUAAGUAUAAAUUAGUAGUAUUUUCAGUACUUUUGAUGAGAGCUAAGUAAAAUUCUUCGUGUAUAAUUUACAUUGAUUGAUUGGAAAAUUGCAAACCUUGAAACACUAAAUAGCCAAUAACAUAAAUACAAAAUAUUAGUCGCUAUCAACUCGUCAACACGGAAAUUAAACAACUUCACUUAGGUCACAUAAUUGUCAAAAUAAAAACAAAAGGUUAGAAGUAAUGAAACCGGUAAAAGUAAUGGACGUCAUGGGCGAGGCUAUUAUCACCACCACCUACAAGAAGAUAAGAUAAAAGUUCACCUCUUUCGACAUCAAAUCAAUUGCUGGAGAGGGUAUGGACAACAGCUUCCUACUCUUAUAGUAAUUAAUUAAUGGGUCAGUAAUUCAUUAAGUGUGAAAAGCAAAAGGUGAUUUAAUCCUCACCAGAAGAAAGAUGUCACAGAGAUUCUUAUCGUCAUUAAUUAUUCAACAAGUCACAAAACACAGCACAGUAUUUACCUGAAGAACACAAUUACAUAAAAAAUUGUAUAAUCCGAUGCAACAAGGAAGUAUUAGAAAGAAAACCGCACUGCUGCGACGAAGGCUACACACAUAAUUACAAACCAUGGAUCAUUAAAGGAAUAUAUCCACCUGCGUGGUUUUCCAACAACUCAAAAAUGUCGAAAUAUUCAAAAAGUUGGUUCGACUAUAAACGACUUUCUGACGCCAGCACGAGCUUGGAUGGGGUCGAUUUCAAUUCGACCACCAUCGGCAGUAAUAAGGACCUCCUUCAACGAUGCAGCGUUAUCCGAGUUCCGUUUCGCAAUCUUGCCCGGGCCACGGUUUCUCUUCCAUUGGGAGGAUUCAUCUUUAUUGUCAUCUGGGCUAUGCUUACUGACUUGGAAGCAGCCACCUAUACACAUUGUGGGGUCAGAAACUACCUGCCCUCCCUGUCAGCCGCGAUGGGUGGCUUCUCUCUGAGCCAAACAGUCUGGCGGGUUUGCAUCGCCCUCCACGCCGCUCCGCGUUUUAUUGUCACUGGAAUGUAUUAUCGCUACCUGAAAUCUAUCGUGUUUGGCAGACACGUAAUCUGGGCCGCGACCGCGUGUUUGUUAAACGUUUUAGAAAAUCUUGGACUGAUCGGGUUGACUUACGUUUCAUCAAAGGAGAACUAUAGAAUCCAUGAAAAGUGCUUCAUAAUUUUCAUGGUGUGCUCAGAGCUUUACAUGGUGAUAAUGUGUCUCCUCCUCCACCGGUGUCGCAACAUCCCGGCGACGCUCCUCGAGAGUAAAAGUCUUCGUGUCAAGGUCACCCUCGUUCUCGUUAAUCUUGUCAGCUUCGCCCUGGCCGGAUACACGUUUGUUCGCCACAACGCCUACUGUGAGGAAGGAAUGUACACCCUGUUCGCAUUCCUCGAGUACAUCGUGAUCCUGACGAACAUGGGUUUCCACAUGACUGCCUUUUGGGACUUUUACGAUAAAGUGAUCACAAUAGAUCUUUGCAAUUUGAAUCGUCUCCGUACCACGUUGAACCUGAACCUUCCCUACUAGAUGCCAAGGUCCCACCAAAGAUAUAAGGAAGCAGGACUUUACCCUUGACCUCCACCACCCAUUGCCACACUGUGUUGCCAUUAUUGUUCUAUAUGAUUACCGAUUCAAGUCAAAUCCACUCCUUGUUCUUCACUCGUCAUGGAAUGGAAUGGAAUGUGUACCUUAAUUGUUGUUGUUUGCUGUUUGCUCAUUCUCCAAAAAGGACUUUGUUGAAUGACGCUGUCCUCUUCGCGUGCUGUGAUGUUAUCCUGCUUUGUUUUUUGCUAUACAUAAUCCUAGAAUUGGAUUGAAGAUUUAAGCGACGAAACUGGAUUUAUAAUUCUAUUCAAACUAAUAGAAGUGAUAAUUUGUAUGCAUUCAUAUUGAUUAUGUUUGUUACUUAACUUUGCACCCAUCCGACCAUACAUAUUUGUAUUACGUACAUGUUGUUACAUUAUUUUGAGAUUAAGUAUUUGCCAAACUAGGAAACCUAUGUAAUAAUUGAUACAGUAUUUUGAAACAUAUAUAUUGUUGUAUUUUAUAUUUAGUGCUAUGACCUCAAGAGUAUUUAAGAGGCACGAUAGAUAAUUAACUUGGACCUUGGCUUUGAUAUGUAUUUAGUUUUUCUACGCUUGUUGUUGUCUUGCUAUCAAAAUGUUUAGUUUAGUUCGUUUGUGCCACACUUUUUGAUCGCAUGCCAUAAUUUGCCUUAAAUUCAAUCAAGGUUUAGACUGAUAAAAGUAUUAUUAGAAAAAAAAAUACCAAACACCUGUGCUUCUAUCGAGUAUCUUCUCGUCAGUGAGCGAAAAGAUGAUUAUAAACAAGUCGUAAAUUUUCCAAAGUAUUCAGAAAACAAUCGGUUCGUUAUUUCACGGAUUUUUUUAUCGUCAAUUUUGCACCUCAAGAAUUUGGUUUGUAUAACGAUUAACUAUGUACGAGGAAAAUUUGGUCAGCUAAAGCGGUGCAUGUAAAAUGUACAAAAUUUUAUCAUACAUGAGAAUUUAUAAAAUUAGUACAAAAUCAAAACCAUUCUUGAGGUGGAAAUGACUGAAAAAAUAUCAUGAAACUGUGACCCGGUGCGUUUUCCUUUCACAAGUUUCACAAGUCUACACGACACAUUCCGAUUCAAAUAAUUCUAUUACAUACAAAUAUUAGUGAGAUUGAUACUAAAAAUGUGGUUGUGUUAAAAAAUGGCUUACUAUUAAUAAUUAACUAAUUAGCAAAAAAAAACUGAACUGAUGAGUGAGCGAAAAAAAGUAACUCAAUUAAAUUUUUCAGCGAUAGCUUUCAACCCUCCAUUUUUGCAGGUUAUCACAAAUUGAAGUCUUAAUUGUUAAAAUAUAUUGUUUGAUUUGAAUAUUAUUUCAAUUUAGAUUUAACCCCUCGUUCGUGCUUGUCUAGCUUAAUUUAUAUUUCUAGAGACUAAAAAUAGUGUAUACAGAUUGAAAUUAUUAUAAACUGUGUUACAUCAAUUUCAAAGUGAGUGAGAUUUUUGCCGUUUCCAAAAAAUAGGUAAAAAUAUUAAAUCGUCAUCCAAGUAUUACUCAAACAGACUCUAUAAUAAUUCUAGUGAAGAAAACAUUUACAAAUUUUACUUGUCUCAAAAGAUUAGUUUUCAAUCUAUUUAGCAAAAUUAUUAUAGUAUUUGCAAUCUAUCUUGAACUUGAUCUUGAAUAAAGAAUAAUUUACAUGAUACUUAUAA